AUGGGUCGACGUUCCCGUUCAAGCUCUUCUUCUCCCAGCUCCUCUUCCAGCUCCUCCGACCGGCGCGGUCGCAGUCGCGAUCGCAAAAAAAAGUCCAAAUCUAAAUCGCGCUCCCGCUCCGGCUCGCGCGACGACAAAACCGACCGCGUCGAGCGCUGGGUGCGCAACACGGCUGCCGCAGCCGCCGCCACAGCCGCUGUCGUCAAAGCCGCAAAGUCUCGUAGUCGUAGUCGGAGCCGCAGCCGUUCCCCAGAGGGGGGAGGGAGAAAAAAGGUCGAGAAGGAGGAACGGUACGAGGUGAUUAAGGAGAGGUUUGAACGAGAUGAUGAUCACGUUUAUGACUGGCGGGAUGAGAGGAGACGCAGGGAGGAGGCAUACAUGGCCGGGGGGUUGCCCCCUGCACCUACGCAAGGGGGAGGGUAUAGAAAAGAGAUGGAGAUUGAGAUUAGGCGGGAGAAGGAGAGAAUCGGGAGGAGUCCUUCGCCGCCGAGGGUUUAUGACCGUCCUCCGCCUGCUAGACCGGGACGAUAUGACGACGAUGAUGAUCGCUACGGCCGUCGUCCGGCCUCGGCGUAUGGCAGGAGGAGAGACCCAUCCCCGCCAUAUGGGGAGAUACCCGGGCCCGGGGAGAGCAUGUUGCCUCCUCCCCGGUAUUACGGUCCGCCGCCGGCGGAAAGAGAAACGGAGGUGGUGUUUUCGAGGAGAAGGUCAAGGAGCAGGGAGAGAAGGGAUGAGUGGGAGGUUGAGGACGAGUUUUAUUCGAAGCCGGGGAGAACGAGGCUGCCAAAGAAGUGGUGCAGUGUAAGGGCGGUGGUGGAGAUGGGAUAUCCUUUUGUUGAGGAGGAUGAUUUCGUCGUCAUCCAGCGGGCACUCAGCAAGCGAUUGAUCGAAGACUUGUUCAGGUUGAGUGCCAGGUAUAGGGACCUCGACCGCGAGGACAACGACAUUAUCUCGGAACGCAUCGAGCGCUAUACCGAAGUCUACGGGUCCAGCUCGGCUCCCGGCACACCCAUCUCUCCUCGCCCAUCAGGCCGCUAUAGCAAACCCCCCAUCAUCAUCGCCUCCACAUCCCCUCACCGCCGCACCCCUCCCCCCGAGGAUGUUAUCAAGCUAAAACAAAGACUACCACAGCAACUAUCGUUCACGACGGUGGCAGUCACUACUCCUAUUCUUCCUCCUCAUCCUCAUCUUCCUCCUCCGAAAGCGACCGCGAAAGCCGCUCAAGAAGUCAAAGAAAUCGUCGUCUAUGAAUCCUCGAUGCGCAAAGAGGAAUCUGCCCCGGUUACCCUGGGCUUAGUCGGCCUGGCUGAGGAAGAAGGUGACAAAAUCCGCGCCCGCAGCGUCUCUCGCUAUCGACACUCUUCUCGUCACCGCGAGCGCGGCCACAGCCGUAGUCGUAGCCGUAGUAGGGAAAGAGAUCGCAGCAAGCUGCGCGUCGAGCACGAACGGCAGAGUCGCAGCCGCAGCAAACACCAUCGCACGACUUCUUAUGCAGGCACAACCCACCUAACAGUCGAGGGACAUCACUCGCAUAGAAAAUCUUCUCGAUCAAGAUCACGGCACUCACGUGCUCGCUCCAAGGCGCGCUCAUCCUCCUCUUCGUCGUCCUCCUCCAGCAGCCGGUCCCGCUCCCGCUCCCGCUCCCGCUCCCGCGCUCGUAGUGGGUACACCGAACUGACGAUCCGCAAGCGCAAGUCCUCGUCUCGUCGGCCCCGGUCCCGCUCACGCAGCAGUUCCUGCUGCAGCUCACGCUCCGGCCGGAAAAGCACGGUGGUGAGGGUCGAAAAGGUGGAGAGGAGUCGGUCUGCGUCGAGGAGCAGGGGUAGGGCAUCAUCGGAGGGAAUUGUUAGGGUCGAGAAAGUGUUGGGUUCUGGAGGCGGGGAGGUCGUGGUUUAUGAUGCUACUGCUGCUGGGGCUUGCUCGGACUGUGGGAGUUCGAGCGGCACGGAGGAGGUGGUAACUGUUGAUGAUGGGGUUAGGGUUGAGAAGAGGGGCGGGAGGAUGUAUUGGAGUGUACCCAAGAGAAGAUAG